ACUACUCCGUGCUUUUCAACCAGAUUUCAAUACCUCACCUCAGCUAAAUAUUUUACUUCCCCCUAUACGAAACGAAUUCCAAAGCUGAUUUACUUUGGCUUCCUCCCAUUCACAAACUUCUUCUAAACAACUCCGGCAUCCCAAAUAUUCCGGCAGUUAUUGAUCAUGCUGCAGGCCCGGUUGAAGAAGGGACCGGCAGCCAAAACUACCACCAUCCUCUUCUUUGUUAUUGUCAUCACCCUGGUCACCUUUAUUUCUUCUGUUCGCUUUAACAGUACUUCCAAGUUUUCCGGUGAUAAUUCAAGAAGCUUAGCUAUAAUAGUCUCUGCAAAGCCUCGAACACCCACCAAGAAAGCUAAAGCUCAUGAGUUCCCGCUGAACUGUUCCAUUAAUCAAAACCAAACAGAAACAUGCCCGACGAAUUACCCGACAACCUUCGACCCCUUCAACCUGGACCCGGCGCCUGUAUGUCCAGACUAUUUCCGGUGGAUCCAGGAGGAUCUACGGCCGUGGAGAGCGGCAGGAAUCAGCAGGGAGAUGGUGGAGAAAGCGAAUAGGACAGCACAUUUUCGGCUUGUGAUAGUUAAGGGCAAGGCUUAUAUUGAGAAGUACAAGAAGUCUAUACAAACGAGGGACGUGUUUACCAUAUGGGGGAUUUUGCAGCUUCUGAGAAGGUACCCCGGUAGGGUUCCGGACUUGGAGCUGAUGUUUGACUGCGACGACUUGCCGGUCAUCCGAUCUCGCGGCCGGAACACGACUGCUCCUCCGCCGUUGUUUCGGUACUGUGGUGAUAGGUCGACGAUGGAUAUUGUUUUCCCUGAUUGGUCCUUCUGGGGUUGGGCUGAGAUAAAUAUAAAGCCAUGGGAAGGUUUGCUGAAGGAACUUAAACAAGGCAACAACAGGAGCAAAUGGAUCAAAAGGGAACCAUAUGCCUACUGGAAGGGAAACCCUUUUGUAGCUGAAACCAGGAGAGACCUCCUUAAAUGCAAUCUCUCCGAUACACACGAUUGGAAUGCUCGCUUAUAUAUUCAGGACUGGAUACUUGAAUCUCAAAAAGGAUUUAAGAGAUCAGGUCUGGCAAGCCAAUGCACACACAGAUACAAGAUCUACAUUGAAGGAUAUGCAUGGUCUGUGAGCCAGAAAUACAUUCUAGCCUGUGAUUCUGUCACACUGCUUGUAAAACCAAAGCAUUAUGAUUUCUUCACAAGAAGUCUACAGCCUUUGCAUCACUACUGGCCAGUAAGGGAGGACGACAAGUGCAAAUCCAUCAAAUUUGCUGUAGAUUGGGGAAACAAUCACAAACAAAAAGCACAAUCUAUUGGAAAAGCAGCGAGUGACUUCAUUCAACAAGAGCUAAAGAUGGAUUAUGUGUAUGACUAUAUGUUCCAUAUGUUAAAUGAAUACGCUAGCCUCUUGAAUUUUGAACCACAAGUUCCCCAAGGAGCAGCGGAGCUGUGCUCUGAGACCAUGGCAUGUUCUGCAAAUGGGGCAGAGAAGAAGUUCAUGAUGGAGUCCUUAGUGAAGAGACCUUCUGUGACAAGCCCAUGCACCAUGCCUCCUCCUUAUGAACCCCGUGUUCUUGCCAAUUUCUAUAGGAGGAAUAUCAAUAUAAUAAGGCAAGUGGAGAAGUGGGAAAAUAAGUAUUGGGAAAGUACACAAGUUCCUCAUAAUAGUUCUUAGUCUUUUUUCAGUAAUUCAUCUGAGAAUUUUUUUUUUUUUUCCCUCCAGUGGGAAUUGGUGAUAUGAAUUGAAGUAUAAUCCUGACUGUCAAAAUAUGAUGUAAAGGUUCGCUUGAGUUUUUGAGACAAAUAAUUAUUUAAUAUAGCAUUGCUAUGUUGAUUCAGCA